ACAAAUCUGUGAAAUAUAUAACAGCAAUUAGAAUGGCUGAUAUUUUUUCAGAGGAUUUUUUGAAUUCUUUGGAUAUUCCUUUAAAUUUUAAUCUGAGUGAGUUUUUAAUGAGUGAAAAUAAAUCAGACAAUUUCUCAGAUAGUCAACAAGAAGUUGGAAACAUGGAGAAUAAUGAUGAAAAACAGUAUGAUAAGGCCCUAUUGAAUUACUACCUGAUGGGAAUCGCGGGCAGCACGGUGUGCAUUGUGGGUACUUUGUGUAACAUCCUGUCUGUGGUUGUGUUGACACAGAGAGUGAUGAACUCUUCAACAUACUCGUAUUUGGCAGCGCUGGCUGUAUGUGAUACAUUAGCGCUUCUGCUCACUGUUUUCAUAUUUCUCCUCAGUGAGGAUACUGUUUACCCACAUAAGGGGACGAUGACCUGGGUUAAACCGUCAUACGCCAUUUUGUUCCCGUAUUUACACCCUGCUGCCAUAACAUUCCAAGUGACCUCAAUAUGGCUGACGUUGGCAUUUACUGUUGAUCGUUAUAUAAUGAUAUGCCACCCGUUCAGGGCCGAAAGAUUGUGUAGUGUAAGCAGAGCACGUAAAGUGAUUGUUUUCAUAUACAUUCUUGGUCUCAUUUUCAAUAUACCACGUUUUCUGGAGUAUACUACCAAGGAAAUCAGCAUUCCAGCAUUGAAUGGCAAAAUUGAAACCCGUAAGAUUGUGCAAUAUACUGAAAUUGGUCAAAAGCCAAUAUUUAUUGACAUUGUCCAUUCAUACUUAUAUCUAACAUGUGUUUGUGGGAUUCCCUUCCUGACACUCGCCAUAUUGAACACUUUCCUCAUUUAUGCAGUCCACUUGUCAAAGAAGAAGGGCAAGUUGAUCAAUGCAAAGGAAAAGAAACGUAAUGACACAACAUUAAUGUUGAUUGGUGUUAUUGUAAUCUUCCUUGUUUGCCAGGGGCCUGCCCUUAUAUCCCGAAUGGUCUACGCUUUUGACUUUCAUCUUGCUACUGCAUCCUUUACCUUCCACCGUAUCAACGAGGUUGGCAAUUUCCUGAUUAUAGUCAAUUCUGCUAUUAACAUUGUGCCAUAUUACUUUUUUGGAAAACGAUUUCGAAAAGAAUUCUGGCGAGUAUUUUGUGCAUGUUUUUUAACGAACCAUGAGUUACGAAAAAUGAAGCGUAACUUGAGUUUUUCUGUGGACAAGCGAAGGUUAUCACAGUGUAGUGGUGCAAGCCAAUAUGAACUGAAUGGCUUUCAUAAAACCAUGCCAAAUCAUCGUGACAGUAACUCACCGUUGCUACAUUGCCCGGACAAGGUGCACAGAGACUCUGUACAUACUACAGACACACUCGACAUUGAGCGGCGUAGCCCCUAUGACGCUAACGUGGAAAAACAUGGACUAUUUGAUGUACCUGGCGAUAGACUUAGUCCGUGUUCAUUUGAUCGGGUUCGACGAGAGAGUCCUACAUUGCUAAAGAUAGUUUGGGAAAUGGACAAUAAUAAAAAUGAUAAAAGUGAUGUUCCACUAAAGGACUAACAUGAAUCUCCUGAAGAUACAAGAUAUUUUAUAACAAGUAAAUCUAGUUUAAUAACAUGUUAGAGCUGAAAUGUAAUUCCAGUACUCUAGUAUAUUUAUUUAUGAUAUUGGUAUAUUGCCAGGGCUUCUAAAAGUUUGCAACCUCAAUCCGUCUGGGCGUGCAUCAAACCAACAUCCCCUCAAAAAAAAAAAACCUAAAAGUUUGGACACUUAAAAUAGGGACACACAUAAUCAUUUAUAUUGCGUAUCUUAUUUUUGUACACUCAGAUGUUCAUUCAUAUUUGAAGUGAAUUCAAACAUUUUGGCCAUGAAUUGAAGGUUCUCUAUCCAGCCUAGAUGCAAAUGUGGCAAACACGGUAGUUGGUUAACCAGCCUAGAGUAAAAUGCGAUAAUACGGUAUUAGACUGACCUAUUUAAAUACAAUACAUUGCCUUUAAUCUCUACACGCUCAUGCUCUGAUUUCACAAAAAGUACUAUAUGAUCUGCAGCCGACAUGUACGACACAUUUCAAUAUGUGUUAAUAACUUUCGUAGGUGUUUGUUUGAAUUGCAGUUGAUUGCACUUACUUCAGGCGAAACAAAUAACCAUUGAUUAAUGUGGAUAAAUUAAUGUAAUGCACCAGUCAAUUGUAACCACAGCCCCCCAAGGUCCAGGGGUAUACUGAGGAUGGCCUGGAAAAUGGGCUAUGUUUUUACCUUUCAGGUGGCCCCGCAGUGCCGGGUGAAGCGGAGGUUUUGUCUUCGCUUUAAAUAUAGCUGGGAAUGGGCCUUACCUAGGAUCCCUGGGGUGCAGGGGCAUUUGGCGGGUAUUUUACUAUCUGUUCGAUUUUAGCCGGGGUUGGCUGGACCGAAUGUCAAAGUCCCAGCUAUUCCCCAGACCUGGGGGGGCCGUGGUUACAAUUGACUGGUGCAUAAUGAUUAAUAAAAUGUUUAUUGAAACCUGCCAUAAUAGCCUGUAUAAAACUCAAAGCCUUGAUUGUAAGAAAAAAAGUCAGUUUUAUUUCCGACAUGGAAAAAAUAACAGGGCAAACAAUAUCCAGAAUAAUUGCAUUAUAUAGUCAGCAAAAUGUGUCUCCUGUGUCAUCUACCACAUGUUUGGACUGAUUACAAGCGUCUGCCAAUAAGAAGAUAUGUGCCGAAGAUAUUGUUUGUUCAUCGAAGGGAAACUAAGCAGAUGGUCACGUUAAUCAUUUUCUGUUCCUGAAAUCAGUCCAGCGUGAUCAAAAUUGGUCACGGCGGCAAAUUGUCGGUUUUUAGAAGCCCUGGUAUAUUGCAUUGUUCAAAUAUUUAUUUUGUGAUUCUAUAGAAAUUCUUUUAUUUUGUAUAUGAUUUAAAUCAUUACAUCCAUGUCAAUUAUUUAAACCUUUCUUGAACAUACUUAUGUUAAAAAAUUUCAAGUAAAAACCUUGUUAAAGGGGCAUCCUUGGCUUUGGCAAAUCCAUGAGAAAAAAUAUAGCUGAUUGAAAACCAAGUCUUCUUAUUACCCAACUGGCUUAUAAUGAAAACUCAGGUAUAUAAAAAGACCUUCCAAAAUUUUGACAAAUUCAGCCAUGUGAUUUUGAAAUUUGUUUAUCGAUUAUUAUAACCCAAUUGAGUAUAAUUAUGUCCCUAACGAUUAAGUGGAUAUAGAAGCUGACUACAUAGCCAGAGGUCAUUCUGCCGACAU